AUGUCGUCCAGCACUGCCAUCUCCCACGUCUCUGCGACCCUCGCGUCGCUGCGACUAGCUUCCACGAACGCACGUGUCCAGUCUUUCAGGCAAUCAUCUUUCGUGCGCUCUGCCGCGCUGAAGCAGCGCCUGGGCGCUAACGUUGCCGCUGGAUCGAGAAUCUCGGCGUGGUUCAAAUUCGGGAAGAAUGGCCUCGAUGCAGAGUCGUCGGGUAUCUACGGCAGUCAAGGUCGGGAUGACUUCGACAGAGACGACGUUGAACACUACUACAACUACAUGGGUAUGCUGGCUGUGGAGGGCACGUAUGACAAGAUGGAAAAGCUCCUGAACACAGGCAUUCACCCUGUGGACCUUCUCCUCAUGAUGGCUGCUUCUGAGGGUGAUAAGCCAAAAAUCCAGGAGUUGCUUCGUGCUGGUGCAAACGGCACUGUGAAAGAUAUGGACGGCAGGACUGCACUUGACAGGGCGUCUGAUGACGAGAUUAAGCAGCUUAUUGCUGAUGGUGCGAAGCAAGUUGCAUAA